CCACGUGCUCCUCACACUGGGUUUGUUGCAGGAAGUGAAGAUGGCGGCGUUAGCUAUUGCGUCCUCGUUUUAUUCCGAGAGUAUCCUCGGGUGGUCAAUUUUCGGGAUUGUGCUACUGGUAAUUUUAGCAUUUUGUUGGAUUUAUAUCCGAAAGUAUCAGAGUCGUCAAGAAAGUGAAGUGGUUUCCACAAUUACGGCCAUAUGUGCAUUGGCUAUUGCCUUAAUAACCUCAGCUCUUCUUCCAGUGGAUAUUUUUUUAGUGUCCUACAUGAAAAAUCCAAAUGGAACUUAUAAGGAAUGGGCAUCUAAUAAUAUGACGAGACUGGCAGUUGAAGACUCAGUGCUACAUGCAUAUUACAGUUUAUAUUCCAUUAUCCUGUUUUGUGUCUUCCUCUGGAUACCCUUUGUUUACUUCUAUUAUGAAGAAAAGGAUGAUGAUAAUCUCAAUAAGUGCUCACAAGUUAAAAAUGCACUCAAGUACACUUUUGGUUUUAUUGUUGUGUGUGCUGCGCUUCUUUUAGUAGGAGCAUUUGUACCCUUGGCAGCACCAACUAAUCAAAACACAACAGAGUGGGAGAAAAUUAAACACUUGUUUGAAGAGUUUGGUACUAGUCGUGGAUUAUCUGCCUUGUCAUUUUCCAUUAGUUCUCUGACCUUGAUUGGAAUGCUGUCAGUGAUCACCUACACUGCCUAUGGCAUGUCAGUUUUGCCCCUCAAUCUCAUUAAGGGCACAAGAAAUCUAGCAUAUGAGCGACUUGAGAACACAGAAGACCUUGAAGAUGUUGAGAAUCAGAUUGAAAAGAUUAAAUCAAAGUGUGCAGAUGGAAGGCCGUUGUCCACAAGGGAUAGAAGGACACUGCACAAGUUAGAAGGAAAAUUGCAAGUGCUUAAAAGAAGAGACAGACACCUUGAAAGUGCUGAAAAGAAUGUUUGUUUAAAAGUCUGCAGUAUUUUACGUCCUUUAAAGAUUUUGUUCGGAAUAUGUUUUAUCCUGGUGGCAUUCCUGUUUACCAUAGCACUAUUUAUUUCAAACCUUGAUAAAGCUCUUCAUUCUGCUGGGCUUAACUCUGGAUUUAUCAUCUUUGGGACUAAUAUAACCAAUCCACUAAAUGAAAUACUACUCCAUUUGCAGCCCGUUUUCCCUUUGGAUUACAUCUUGAUUGCAGUAAUUACUAUGUAUUUUGUCUUCACAUCUAUGGCAGGAAUACAGAAUAUGGGCAUAUGGUUCUUCUGGAUAAGGCUGUUUAAGAUCCGACCAGGAAAAACUCGACCACAAGCACUCCUCUUUUUGUGCAUGAUUCUCUUGUUGAUUGUUCUUCACACUAGCUACAUGAUAUACAGCCUUGCUCCGCAGUAUGUCAUGUACGGUAGUCAGAAUUACAUUUUACAGAAUAAAUUGCCAUCACCCAGUGAAAAUUCAACAUUAAGUGUGACAAGGUUUUGUGAUGCGGAUGCUCCUGUAGAUCAGUGUACUGUAACUAGGACAUAUCUUUUCCUUCACAAGUUUUGGUUCUUUGGUACAAUUUACUACUUUGGCAACUGGGCUUUUAUAGCUGUAUUCCUUAUUGGAUUAGUGGUGUCCUGCUGUAAGGGUAAGAAAUCGGUGAUUGAUGGAGAAGUGGAACCUGAUGACUCGGAUAUUAGUGAUGAUGAAUUCUUGCCAUCUUAAACUUCACCUUUGUGUUGAAAUAUAAGUAAUGCUGUUUGUUUUAGAUUCACAUUUAAAUUAUUUACUUUCCAUGCUUUGUAUCUUUGCUUUCUUUUCUUAUUUCUCAAUUGUUGAUAAAAAUAUAUUUAUUUGCCUGUUCAUAUUUCUUUUAAUUUAAAUAAUUUCUACUGUGCAGUAUGUAUUCUCAAUAGAAAGUCUGGAGACUUUUUGCUCUGUGAAAGACUUCUAUUUUUCUGAGAAGAAAGAUAGAUUUUCCUUACAUUUCUGCUCAUAUUUUACACCUUUAACCAUUAGUAUAUAGUGUGGAUUUCCUAAUCUCAUGCCACUAAAGUCUGAGUGAUCUGUUGUUAAUAUUUCAGUAGGGAAGGAAGAAUGAAUAAUGUACAAUUUUGUUUUAAAGGAAUACUUUUUGAAAUAGCAAUGUAAAAUUACUGUUAUGUAUAUAAAAACUGAAAUACUUUGACAUAAGCAUGCAAAAGUGUGAAAGUAUGUAUAUUCAAAACAAACACGUUUACAUUUUUCCUUUUUUAUAUUUCAGUAUUAAAUGAUUAAAACUUUUCCAAAUUA